ACCUAAAUAAACUUACAUAUUUAUUAUCUUAUCUCUUAGUGAGAGGAAAAGUUGUAGCUGAGUGAGUGUUUUCAACAUGGCCGACCCCCUCAGUAUCCUCCGCCAGUACAAUGUUAACAAAAAGGAGAUCAUUACUAAGGGAGACAACAUCAUCUUCGGGGAGUUCUCUUGGCCCAAGACAGUGAAGACUAAUUACUUGGUUUAUGGCUCUGGUAAAGAUGGGGCUCCCAAGGACUACUACACAUUGGAAUGUCUGCUCUUCCUUCUCAAGCAUGUCAGCCUUACACAUCCAUCGUAUGUGCGAAAGGCCGCUGCUGAGAAUAUUCCUGUGGUACGUCGUCCAGAUCGUAAAGAACUUUUGGCAUACCUCAAUGGAGAAACAUCAACAGCUACAGCUAUUGAUAAAUCAGCACCUUUGGAAAUUCCCACACAGGUAAAACGAACGGUAGAAGAUGCGUCAGACAUUACAGCCAAGAAGCCACGUUAUGAUGACAGUGAUGUACAGAAAAUUAAAGAACAUCUUGCUCUUCGCUUUGAUGCACCAAAAAAGUCUUCUAUUGUCAGCAAUAUUGAUAGGUCUUUGUCUGAAGCAAUGUCAAUUGAGAAAAUUGCUGCCAUUAAAGCAAAACGUUUGGCUGUUAAGAGAACAAUGAUCAAAGAGGAUGAUGAUGACAUAUAUGGCCUUGGAACAGACCUGCGCGGCAUGCUAGAGUUUGACAUUGAUGUCACCAAAGACAUUACCACAAAGGAACGUCAGUGGAGAACUAGAACAACCAUUCUUCAGAGUUCUGGCAAGCAAUUUGCAACAAGUAUAAUGGGACUUCUUAAGUCAAUCAAGGCCCGUGAAGACGGUCGUCUAAGAACAACGACAACAAAUCCUGUGCCAACACCAAUUUCAAGAUUACCACAACAGCCAGCUGGUUAUUCUCGAUAUGACCAGGAAAGGUUUAAGGGAAAAGAAGAAACGGAAGGCUUCAAAAUUGAUACAAUGCGUACCUAUCACGGUCUGUCAUUGAAGAGUGUGACAGAGGGUAGCCAGAGUCACAAGAUGGCCCCACAGCCAGAUCUAACCCCCCAGACUAAGCCAAUACCUGGUCAGCAAAUGAAGAAACCAUCACGUACACCCAUUAUAAUUGUUCCCAAUUCUCCAACGUCGUUAAUCACAAUGCUUAAUGCUAAGGAUCUCCUUCAAGAUAUGAAAUUUGUCACCUCUGAAGAGAAGCGACAACAAGGCACCAAACGUGAAACAGAGAUUCUUAUUCAGCGUCCCAAAGCUGGAGGUCUCACUGUACCAUAUCGUGUCACAGAUAAUCCAUCCAAACUGAACUAUGCAGAAUGGGACCGUGUUGUUGCUGUAUUUGCCAUGGGACCAGCAUGGCAGUUCAAAGGAUGGCCUCAUGAUGGCAAUCCAGUAGAGAUCUUUAAUAGAAUUUGUGCUUUUCACAUCAAGUAUGAAGAAAUAAAAUUAGAUAACAACAUAGCAAAGUGGGCCGUGCAUAUUAUCAACUUGAGCCGUGUUCGUCGACAUUUAGACAGAGCUAGAUUCUUGGAGUUUUGGGAAAAAUUAGACAGAUACAUACAGUUGAAGAAACCACACCUGCGGUCUUAAGCAGCACUGUGUGGUUUAUAUUGUUCAACAAGUCUCAUCUGAGGUGGUAGUGACUGCUGGAUGGGGCUGCCUCUCACAGCCAUCAUGUUGGAGCUGCACCUAUAAGUGAACAAUGUUCUUAUCAGCUGUCACACUUAUUUCUAAAUAUAGUAGGAAAGAUUGUUUUCUUAAACUUGUGUCACCAUUUUAUUUAUAUGUACAUGUUUUGAUAUUUCAUGCAAAUUUUAUAAUACUGUGUAUUAAAAAUACACAGUUUUUUUUCCAAGCUUGUUGCAAGCAUUGAGUACCAAUAAGAAGGCUAGAAAACUCAGUUCAUCGUCAAGUAUCCAUGACCGUAGUUUAAUAAAUAUGAAGAGCUUAUGUUAUUUUUUUUUUUAAAUGCAAGGCCCACCUCCAAGAAACAUUUAUGUAGAUCUGGUUAUACUAUCUGGUUGUUUCUCCAUGGAGAAAUGGAAAAAGUAUUCUUCCUUCAUAAGCCAUGCAUGUCAUAAGAGGCAACUAAAAUGCCAGGAGCCAGGGGCUAGUAAUCCCUUUCUGUAUAACGUACUAAAUUUAAAAAGAAAAUUUUUGUUUUACCUUUUAGGUCGCCCUGCCUCGGUGGGAUACGACCUGUGUGUUGAAAAAAAAAAUCUGGUUACCUUUGUUAUAAGAAGAGCUUAUUGGUAAAGCAACAAGGGAUUUUUUUAUUUAACAUUUACCACACAUCACUGAAUUACAGAAGUUUAUGUUAUAUAUGGUGGUGGACAUGUUAUAUAUGGUGGUUCGGACAUGUAGAGAGAAUGGAGCGAAACAGAAUGACUUCAAGAGUGUAUCAGUCUGUAGUGGAAGGAAGGCGGGGUAGGGGUCGGCCUAGGAAGGGUUGGAGGGAGGGGGUAAAGGAGGUUUUGUGUGCGAGGGGCUUGGACUUCCAGCAGGCAUGCUUGAGCGUGUUUGAUAGGAGUGAAUGGAGACAAAUGGUUUUUAAUACUUGACGUGCUGUUGGAGUGUGAGCAAAGUAACAUUUAUGAAGGGAUUCAGGGAAACCGGCAGGCCGGACUUGAGUCCUGGAGAUGGGAAGUACAGUGCCUGCACUCUGAAGGAGGGGUGUUAAUGUUGCAGUUUAAAAACUGUAGUGUAAAGCACCCUUCUGGCAAGACAGUGAUGGAGUGAAUGAUGGUGAAAGUUUUUCUUUUUCGGGCCACCCUGCCUUGGUGGGAAUCGGCCGGUGUGAUAAUAAAAAAAAAAAUAAAUUCAGUACCAUUCUUGAGAUGAACAUUAUGUAAGCAAGAAUGUUCUGCAGUCUAUUACUACCAGUCAAAAAAUAAACUUAAGACAAUUUAAUUCUAUUUUUGCUUCAUGUUCAGUAAAAUUUUGCUUAACGUGACAGUAACAUUCCUGAUAGCCCUCGUGUUUGGUUUGAUAAAUUCCUUAAGUGUAUAAUAUAGGAAAUACAGGGUUGAGUUCCAGAAAAUCUUAAAAUUAAUACCUAAAACAAAUGACUGUAAUUUUUAAAUACAGUAAUAUGCAGUUUAUAUCCAUUCUUGUGGCUGAGUAGUGUAGCGAAUGUUAUUUAUUAAUGUCUGGGUAAUUAGUACAGUAAACCCUCAUUAAAUUGGGGAUAUGUUCAUGAAAAUUAGCACAUUAUGUAAAUUAGUGUUAUGUAUAUUAAAGAACAUAUGGGAAAAAUAAGUUCUAGGAAAGAUACCCAGGUGUUGCACAUGUCUUUUUCAUCAGCUUGAUGGCAUUAUUUAAUUACUGAUUUAAUUAAUACUUAGUAUCUCCUACUGAUGUAGGGUGACCCCAAAAAAACAAAGAAAACACAUUCACCAUAACUCAUUCAAUAGCUGUCUUGUAAGAAGUGCAGACAGACACAUCACAGUUCAAUUGGAUCCUCGAACUGUAACAUCCCCACCCCUUCCUACAAAUUCAGGCACUUCCCACCUCCGGGACUCAAGUCCAGCUAAUGCAUUACCCCUGAAUUCCUUCAUAAGUGUUGCCCUGUUCACACACACACUAACAUCAUUUCAAGCUAUGAAAACCACUUGUUUCCACCUUUAUACAAAUUUUUACAGGUUUAGUUAUUUAAGAAAAAUGCACUUUUUUCAGUCUCAUUUAGACAGAGUUGUGCUAUGUAGUGUCACUUUAUAAGAGGUAUCAUAUUAUUGAUGGUAUACAAUACUGACAAGUUGAUGAAUAAGACACAUUGGCAACACUUGGGUAUCUUUAUUGCCAAAAUGUUUUGCCUGCAUAACAGACUUCAUCAGUCCAGUACAGGUGAACACAGCACUGGAAGUGAUAGAAGUAGUUUUGAAAAGAUGAGUGUGUCACUCUUGGUAGGAAGUGGUCAGUCCCUCAAACCUUGAGGGACUGAUCACCUCCCACAAACAGUGACUGACAGUUCACAUCAAAACUUCUACUACUGCUUCCAGUGCUAUAUUCACUUGUAUUCAACUGAGGAAGCCUGUUGUGUAGGCAAAAUAUGUCGGCAAUAAAAAUACCCAAGUGUUGCAACUGUGUUUUAUUCAUCAAUUGUAUAAGAGAGUUUACCAUAUAUGUGAACUCCUGAUGAUUGGGUACUCGAUAUAUUUGAGACCAUCUUGUGAAUAUGUGCACAAUGUUCAAAACAUUUUGUACUGACAAUGUUCAUCUCAUCACUAUUAACCCGUAAACUGUCCAAACGUAUAUAUACGUUUUUUCAACAUUUGAAAGUAUGUAAAAAAAAGUAGAUCUUCUUUUUGUUUUUUUACAUUAGAAAAUGUGUAAAAAAAACUUUGAUCUACUUUUGUAGCACUACACAUGUGAACGUAGAUCUGCUUGGACUGUUUACGGGUUAAUACAUGUAGACAUGUCUUCCUAUAAUUUUCAUAUCCAUUGUGAAUGUACAUUUUCAAAGAUUUUACUACACAAUUUAUCUGGCAUAUUUAAUAUAAUCAUGUAAACCAUAUAUCAUCUGUAGAAUGCUUACAGAUUCCCAUAACGUGUCUGUCAUGUUGAGCUGCAGAUGUGCUGAUAAUUUAAUAUCCGGUCACUAGCAAUAUCUGCAAAAUUCUGUACACAUAAAAAAUGUUUGCAAACAUAAGAAUAUCAGUGAGGAACUUCUGCAAAGGCUUGUCCUAAACACACUUCACCUCAUUUGUGCAACCCAUUUUUCAGUAAAGAUUGUACAGGUAUGUAGCAUCGUGACUAAUAAAAUAAAGUGAAACUUAAAAAAAAAAAAUAAAGGAUCAUCAAAGCAUCAUGACUGAUGCCUGAGUGAAGGACAGUGAUCCAUGAAAUAAUGUGAGAACUAUGCCCUGUCACUGAAGGAACAAAAAACAAUAAUGGAUAUUAUCACAAUGUAUACAGGAGGGGCCCCGUUCGUAUGGUUCUAAGAAGGUUCACAAUCCCAACCGUUUAGCGAAAAUCUCUGGCAAGUGGAAAAGAGCUAUUUUUCAUUUUCAAAUGCAUCUAAAACUCCUGAUAAUGUGUUUACACUCUCAUAUAAUAAGUGCUCAAUGCAGCUAGGCAUAAAAAAAAAGACAAUGAAAAAUUAUACAUAGUAUAUACAUUACUUAAAAUAUGGUGCCGGUUGUCUUUUCCUUACAUGACUGUUGUACGAAAACAGCAAUAAUGGCAGAAAAGUGGUAAAAGCAUCAAACAUAAUGAACACUGCUCAACUGAAAACCAACAAAAACUUGGGACACCCAAUAAACAAAAAAAGAAGUGGUACGAGCUGAGCAAUGACAAAGUGGGAGCAGACUUCCUACAGCAGUUUAAAAAUAGAUAUGGCAAAUAAAUAUUUCACUUCAGUAAGUUGAAGUUUAAGAGGUGGGACCUAGAACUAGAGUUUACCAUAACAAAUUCAAAUAGAUAAACACAAAUACAGCAGGGAAUUACACUUUCACAUUCAUUGUAAAUGUAUGUAUCUUCAAGUCGUAUACAGCACCAUAUUCAUGGAAAACAUCUAGCUUUCAAAGGUUUGUUUUGCAUGUGUAAAAAUAAUCAUCUCUAGUUAUUUUCCUUAUUAUUGUCACAGUUUUGUUUUAUUUUGACUCCCUGUAUCACAAACAACCUUCUUGGAUACAAUGGUUAAUAUUAGUAUAAUGUAGAAAAGUGAGAUGGCCAUGAAAAUAUUUGUCAUUGGUAGAGAAGUGUAAGUUCUUCAAGAAAUGCUGGCCACCAGCUGACUGGUAGGUAGCAGAGGACAGCAAAUAAAGUUGCAGGCCAAGUGGGUGAAACUUGAUUUUUUCAAAUUUCCAUUGCGAUCUGAAAAACAAAAAUCGCUGAGGAAAUUUUGGAAAAUAUUAGAAAUUGUCUUAAAAAAUAUGCCCACCAGAGAAAAAUGCUAAACAAGUCUUUACUGUAUGGAUUUGUUUGUAUUUGCUUGAUAAGCUCUCAGUGUAACAUGUUAAUAAUAGUGUGUAAUAAAUGUCUAUGCUUUCUGCAUGGCACAUCAAAAGAGAGGUGUAUGUGUACUCUCUCUCUAAUAUGUGACAGGGAAAUUUUUCUCAUAUGAUCUUUCUAAUGGCAGGGAAAAUGCAAGAUUAAAUGGAUCAAUAAAGGUUAUUCCAUGGUUGUUUCAAGGUUUGCUACAGAAGAAAGUGGGUAAAUUAAGUUUACUCAGAUUAGUCUCAGUUUUUGUAUUUCCAGAACUUAAGAAGUUGUUUGCUAAUAAUUUACUGAGAGUUUAUGAUAUAUAACCUGUUUGUGCUGUACUUGAAAUUCACAUUUUUAGCCAUGUGAAAGUCCAAGUUAAUGUAAACAUGUUGCUGUCCAAGGUUACUAAUGAUUGAGAAACUGGCAGACCUCACUUUAAAAAUUCAUCAAUGAGGAGCUGUAACACUGUAUUUGAAGACAAAUAGCAAUUAUGAGGGGCUUUAACAACAUUGCAAGGUCAAGAACAAUUAUGAGGAGCAUAAACAUUUUUUUUCAAGACUAAGAGCAAAUAUGAGCCCUGGAUUGCCAUCAGUUCGACAUUACCUUGUGGAGAGACAUUGGUGAGGGUGUUUAUUGUAGUGUUAUGAUUUUAUUUGUGCAUAUAAUUGUUACAGUUGUACUAUGAUUGUAAAAUAAGAGGCCUACCAGUAAAGAAGAAAAAAGAAAUGUAUUGAAAAUAAUUUAUGGGAAACAUAUCCAGAUUGUAUUUAUGUUAAUAUAAUGGUGCUUAAGUAACCUUGAAUCAAUUAAGUUCCAUGCAGUUUUACUGUAAAACUGAUUUACCAUAAUACAGAAAUGAAUAAUUAAGUCUUACUUAAUUUAGUGACUUUAAAAAAAAAAGUGGGAGCAAGGGGCUAGUAACCUCUUCUCCUGUAUAUAUUACUAAAUGUAAAAGGAGAAACUUUCGUUUUUCCUUUUGGGCCACCCCAUCUCGGUGGGAUACGGCCAGUGUGUUGAAAGAAAGAAAAAAAAAAGUCAAGUUUCUUGGAGGUGAGAAUGAUAGAAAAUUUCAUUUCUGUAUUCUGUUUGAUCACUGUCUGGGCUUGCAUUUGUUGCUGUAUUCUGCAGUGAGAUAAGUGGAGAAAAGCUUCAGUCAAGAGCAAAAUCAUGAUUAUAUAUGAUUAGAAGCUGCUUCCACAAACUGCAUAUUUAAUUUUUUGUAGUAGAAGCAUAUCAUUAUCUAUUAUGGUGUGUUUAUUGUGGGACAAAACAUGAACUGUUAUAAUACAUUUUACCAGAAUUUUGACUUUAAUGAGCUUCAGAUUGGCAGCUGGAAGUUCUAAUUGUUAACAGUGCAGUGGUGCCCCAGUUUAUUAUUUUGAAGAUGGAAAGUUCAAGAAUAUGUAAAUAGUUUUAUAGGAUAUACAGUUUUGAUUUAGCAAGUUGUCCAACAUAUUGUAAUUAAACAAAAUAAAAAAGACUAUGUGACAA